AUGGCACGGACCGUCAUGUACUGCCGCUGGGUGGACGCCCUUUGCGCAGCGCACUCCAACUGCGCGGCGCUUGUGCACCUCACCUCCGACGCCAGCGCCGAGGAUAGGGCGAACAGCGCGACGCUGUGCGGCGCUUACCUGGUCCUCGCGAAGGGCAUGCGGGCGGACGACGCAUUCAGGCCAUUUCGCUCCGAGCCGCUGCGGCCGUUCGUGGAUUGCCGCGGCGAGAGUGCGACGAACAGCGUACUCGCGGACGAGGCCGACCAGGAUUUCGAGCUGUCGAUGCUGGACGUGCUUCAGGGCCUCGAGCGGGUGCGAACCCUGGGCUGGGCAGAUUACAGGACUUUCAGCGCGGAGGAGCACGCGUCUAUGCUUCGUCCAGAGCAUGGCGACAUGAGCUGGCUGCUGCCCGGCCGCGCCCUCGCGCUCGCCAGCCCCUGGGCGGAGCCCCGCGACCAGGACGGACAGCCAGUGUGUACUCCAGCGCUGCUGGUGCCGUACUUUCUGCGGCACGGCGUCAAGGUAGUCGUGCAGUGCAACCAUCCGGCGCACGAGGAGGAGGGCCCGAGAGCACGGCUGCUGUCCUACAAGCCGCGCGACUUCGAGGAUUCGGGCAUCCGGCAUGUGAACUUGGCGUUUGAGGAUGGUGGUUGUCCUUCUGUGGACGUGCUGCUGCAAUUUCUGGAGGUCGUGAAGGCCGUCGGCGGCAGCUUCGCCGUGCACUGCCGCUCGGGCCUCGGCCGCACGGCCACUCUGAUAGGCGUCUACGCCAUCAGGAACUUUGGCUUCUCCGCCCGCAGCUUCGUGGGCUGGGCCAGGGUGGCGCGCCCCGGGACCGUCCACGGCAGCCAGCAGCAGUACCUCGUUAAUUUGGCGGGGCCCCGCGCCGCGCAGAAGAAGCACCUGCUGCAGGAUAUGCUUCGCAGACGGCAUGGAGACCGAGUCGCCCGCGAGAGCCUGGAGACGUGA